AAAAAGAAAAAAAGAAAGCAAACGAGCGACCGGGCGGAGCGUAUCCUUUUCCUCUUCUUUCUCGAUCUGCAGUCGGCGCAACCUCGACGAAGCCCUCAUGGCGAUGGCGGUCCGCUCGGUGUGCAAGCGGCUCGGCGGCCGCGGCCUCCGCCCGUCGCUGACCGCGGCGGUGGCGCAGCAUCCCCAGCCCACGCCCUCUCGGUUCCUGCACUCAACGAAGGCGGCCACAACUCAUUCAGCUGAGAUCCAGCAGGUCAAAGAGGAGCUCUACCACAUGAUGUCCGAAAACAGGGACAAGAUAGGAAACCAGAAGGGCCUGAUCAAGCACCUCUCAUCCCAUGUGGAGCCUAAACCCGAGGACCCUGUCUGGCGCUUCUAUCGCAGGGCAAAGUGGUACCAUUUAGUCAUGAUGUAUAGCCCAGCAUUCCUUUAUGGCUACAUGUCUAUGUGUGAUGUGCCUGAUGGCAAGAAGGAGAUGACGCCAGCUGAGAAGGAUGAUUUUAACAAGAGGAUGGCCGCGUUGAUGCCCAAUGUAGAACUUUGAGGACAGCUAGUUGCAUAGCGACUAACCCCAGCACUUUAUGUAGUUGCCAUUGCUCUGUUUGGACACUGCGGCUUUGUUAGACUAAAUUAUAUGUUAAGACUGAGUUAUCAGUGAGAAUGUUAUGGUAAGGCUGAACUAACUGUGAUGCUUGGUGAAAAGUUCUAUCUUAUAUGUUAAGACUGAGUUAUCAGUGAGAAUGUUGGCUCAAGUGGUAUAGUACUAUGUUGAUGUCA